CUUGUUAGACAUUGUUAAUCUACCUGUAAACAUUUGGGGUCAAUAUAGGUAAAUUUAUUACUCGGUGGGUGUAUAUAGCACGAAAUGGAAGAAGACGUUCGAGACAAAUUGAGAGAUAUAUUUGAUGUCUGCGAUGAGGACAAAGAAGGAUUUAUAACCAUUGAUCAUUUUAAGAAUUUGGCAAAGGAACAUUUUGGUACUGAAUCUGACGGCCAGGAAAUAAUAGGUAUCAUUCAACUUUUGGACCCAAAUGGUAAAGGAAAAAUAAGUUUUGACGAGUUUUGUAGUGGAGUUCAACAGAUCACAGAUAUUCGAUCACCUACCAGUACUCCAAUUCAGAAAAAGGAUCCAUUUUCGACAUUAAAUUUCGAUUUGUUAGGAGACGUAUCACCCACUGAGUGCCAAGAGACGUCAGAAGCCAGUGCCUAUACAUUCAAUGAAUACGAUACAAACACUGAUGAAGACAAUGGUGUACUUAUAGAUUUAUCUACUCCCGACCCUAUACGAAGGAAUAAUAAUGUAAAUAGAUCAUUUAACGGUAUCCAUGACUACACAGAUUAUGGGGAAGAAGAUAUAGAAUCAGACACUUCUGAUCCAUCGCAUAACAAGAGUUGUGUAACUUGUGAUAAAAUUAGAAGUAAAAGGGGUGUGCAUUAUAGAGAAAAACGUCGGACUUCAGGUGCAAGAAAGUUAACAUCAACGGCAUAUGCUGCACAAUUACAUUCAAAGUCGAGAAGUCCAGCACCAGAUGAAGUAUUUGAUGAUAUAGAUGGAAACUUUCAACAUUUAAAUGAUAGGGUUCAGUUUCUUGAGAAACAGUUGACAAAUUUGUCAGAAGAAAAGAGUAAUACAGAUGGUGCUCAUUAUAAACUUAAAGAUGAAAAUUCUGUGCUCAUGGAGAGGCAUGUGAACAAACACUUGUCUAAUAUAAUCCACAUGUUAGAAGAACAAGUUAAAGAUGUUGAGGUGAAAUCUGAUGAAAGAGUUUCAGAUGAACAGAAAAAAUACAAAGAAAUACUGUCUCGUCAAGAAAGGGAAAAGUCUGAACAAAUGGAAUACUUCACACAGAGGCUGCAGAAUUUAGAAAAAGAAAAUGAGUUGCUGAAAAUGGAAAACCCCAGAUUAAGGAGUGAAAUAGAUAGAUUGAAAAUAGAAAAAUUAGAAUUAGAAGAUAAAAUUACAGAACUACAAGUAGAAUAUAGCUCUGUUAUGAAUGAGAAUUCUGAUCUAAAGUUAAAGUUCGACAGAGAACGAGAAACUACUGGCCAGCUUUUAGAUGAAUUAGGGAAAGAAUUGGGAGAAUUACGACAGUAUAAAAUAGAAGCAGAAGUAAGACCAAGAAGAGACAGUCAAAUACAAGUUCAAGGCAGAUAUCAAACUCUUCAAACUGAGAUUCACAGAUUAAAAGAGGCAUUAACGGUGGAAUGGAAUUCAUUAUCACAGGAGAACAGGGGUCUACUUGAGUUAAACGAAGACUUGAAUGCACAGUUGCUUUCAAGAUGUAUAUCUGAAGGCAGAAACUUGACUGAAGGCAGCCAGGAACAGUCUUUAGCCUCAGAAUUGGAACAUCUUACUAAAACUGAGCUGAUGGGAAAAGUUCAAGAACAGGAACGUGAAUUAUUAAGACUGAAACAGUAUAUUGAUAAAAUAUUGUUGGCUAUCCUAGAAAAAAAUCCUUCAAUUUUGGAAAUUGUGCGGUGAUAAUGGACAAAUGCCAGUGCUUAUGUUAUAGAAAGUGAAAACAAGAUGUUCUGUGAUAAACUGCUCAGGUCUCGGUUACCAUAGUUACCAUGAGAAGCAUGGUGAACUCAAAGUGCAAGACAUUGUAUUUUUGUCAACAUGGCAUUGAGCUAUUUAUGCAAGUACUUUGAAUAGAAGACAUCCUUGAGAUUCAUUCAUUAGAUAGCUGCUUGCAUUAUUGUUGAGAUUUUAUUGUUAUAAAUAUACAACAAAAAAAUGUAAAAAAAAACAACAUUUUAGUUUUCUAUUUUUGUAAGCAUCGGAUAUUUUUGUGUAAAUUGAUUUUGUUGUUGAUUUAGAUUGAAUUUACAGCUUUGUAUAUGAAUAUUUAUUACACCCUAGUUUUUAGACAAUAAUUCACAAAAAUGAACUGAAUAGUUAGAAUUUUUUAGCACCAAAAGAUUUUACAUUACUUUAUCUGAUUUAUUGCAUCUAGUGUAUCAUUACAUUUGAUCUUUUAAGAUUGUGAUUUUAUGAGGCAAUGACAUUAAUAAUACGUCUUUAAUUGAGCCUAAUAAUUUAUUAGAACAUGACUGUUGUAGUAUCUAGUCUAUAUUAGACUUUAGAAAACUUAUUUAAUACAUAACUGAUUGGCAAAUUUUAUCCGAAAAUUCCGGAAAAAGGGGAAGUUAAUGAAAUUCUUCAGUAUUCAAAAUUUAGUUUGAAAAUACAAAAAUAUAUAAAUUUUUAUAAAAAUAUAUAAAAAAAUAUAGCACUAGCUUCAAAGUGAUUUUUAUCACUAAUUGAGAUAUUUCUACCGUGUUAUAAAUUUUGUAGAAUCUAUUAUUUAUUUGAAUUUUUGUAUUACUCUUUAUUUCAAAAGAUGAAACUAUGUAAAUUAAGAAAUGGCUCAGAUCUAAUGAAACGAUUAGACUACAAUAUACUCAUGUCUCAGAAAUUAGAUAUAUAUAUUUGUUUAAAAUCUAUCAUAUAUAAUUAUUGUGCAGUUUAUAUUAAUAUAUAGUUAUGUUUCAAGCUGUAAAAUCAAUAAUUGCUAAAAUCAAGCAAAAUAAUUUCCAUUGACUAAUACAAGGAAGAUGAGAACAAUGCAUGAAAUUAAAUGGACAAAGAAAUGUGAUCAUACUGCCGCACAUAUGUGGACAUAUGUGGACUGAACACUCAUUUAUUAUAUAAUAACCUCAUGGAUUGUUUAUUACAAAUCAUUAAUGUUAUUCAUUAUAUCAUUUAUGAUUUGAGAAUUGAAUUUUAAAAAAUGUAGUAUUUUUGAGAGUUAGGCAAGAAAAUGUUAUCUUGUGUUUCAAGUUAUAAAUUAAAAAAUGGGUGGGUCAGUUGAUCAGAUUAUUAUUAUUUUUAAAACUUUUGUAAUCUAAAGAGAAUAUAAUCAAAAUCAAAGAAAUUUAUUUGAAGUUUGUGUCUCCCUAUUUAUUUCCCUUGUUGCUGACCAUCUCUGUUUUUAGUCCCUUGUUGCUGACCAUCUCUGUUUUUAGUCCAGCUAAUUAAGCAGAAAAAAAACCUUACACAGUGUAUUAACCAUAGAGUUCUCAUUGGAAGCUUGGGUGUUUUAUAGCAAAAUUUACAACAGCCAAAUACUAAUCUAAUUUUGAAAGGCCAGGAAUAGAUUGGAGUUUUUAUUUUCACAAUAGGUAAUUAAAUAAUUGAGUCAUUUGAAAUUUGAAGGUUGGCAAGGUAAGGGGAAAAAUAAAAUUAUAAUUUUGACCUAUUAUAAACAGUAUAAAUAUACAAUUGACAGUUCAUUAUCCAAUGUAAGAUCAACAUGAGGAGAUUUUAUACAGUCAGUAGUUCUCAUGAUAAGAUUUACCAGUAGUGAAUUGUCCCUAAGUGUUUCACAUUGGUUCUCAUGAUAAGAUUUGCCAGUAGUGAAUUGUCCCUAAGUGUUUCACAUUGGUUCUCAUGAUAAGAUUUACCAGUAGUGAAUUGUCCCUAAGUGUUUCACAGUGGUUCUCAUGAUAAGAUUUACCAGUAGUGAAUUGUCCCUAAGUGUUUCACAGUGGUUCCAAAUAAAAUCAAACUUUAGAUUAUCUGUCUUUAUACCAAUUCUGAGUUCCUAUACAACUGACUUCCUUUGUGUUGACGGACCUAAUGAUGUUUGAAGAUCAAUCUUUUUUGGUCUGAAAUGUCAAAUAUUUUCUGUUCUUACAAUGGAAAGUUUUCUGAAGACAUCUUUUUUCUUUCAAUGUUGAACAAUGUUGUGGUAAAUGGAAAAUGUUUGAAACCGACAACCACAUGUACUGAUCUCUUUAUUCAGUGAUCAACUUUCAAUGGUAAACUCCGACUAAUAGAACUACUAAAAAUUCAUAUAUCACAAAAUCCCCUUAUACAAAAAUAAUAAUUGUUAUAGAAAAAUUAAUAUUUGUAAUAAAAACAUUUGAUGACAAUAAAUCUGUUUAUUUGAAGUUACAAAUUGUACUUUGUAAAUAUCUGAUAAUGUAAAAACCCUAGUUUCCAUGAAGAUUUUCACUUUUAAGCUUAUAUAUGCAUCCAUAGUGCUUUGACUUUCUUACCCAUCGACCAUUAUAAUGCACACAAAUGCCCAUUCACAAAAGGUCCCAUAAAUAUUUACAUAUAGUUUGUUAUUAUGUCAUAUCUAGCUGCUCCAAUGGCAGUCACUAUUUAAGAGGAGUCAGACCCAAUCUAUUCUCUUCUAACCAUAUCAUUUUCCUUGUAAGGUAAUGUCAAAACAUUUGGUCUUCGUAUUUUUUGAACUUUUUCUAUUAGGCGUUCCAUAUACAAAUUUGGCAGCUGCCACUGAAUAAAAAUAAUUUUCAAUAUCCCAAAGAAAAUGAAAUUUUUAUUAAUCCAUUUUAACACUAUGCAAUUUAAUGACAAACAAAUGAAAGCACAAUACAUAUCUACUCAGUAAUUUGUUCAUUAAUUCAUCUUUCACCAAUUACAUUAUUUAUUAUUCAGUUUGAGACAAGAUGCAAUAAAGUUACGUAUUCUGUCCAUUUUAAUGCCAGAGUACUUAUUUAUUUAUUUAAUUAUCUACUUCUAGUCAUUUAAUAUGUCUCCAGUACCAGUUUAACAUCUGUUGUUUUAUUUAUUGUGAAAACAAAUCCUUGUACAGAACUGUCUUAUCACUUGUUAAAAACUAAAUUGUCUUUGUAGUUUUUAUAACUUUUAUGUUUUGUGUGGCGUAUAAAUGAUGCAGAAUUAUGAUAAAAUCAUAAUAUUUUUCAUCCUGUGUAGUUUUUAAGUUAUUUUAUUUAUGAUAUUGAAUUGUAUAAUACUUAAUUUUAAAUAACUUGAACACAGUUUCUUCAAAACUUGUACAAAUAAUUUUUAUGCAAAUUCUAAAAUCAAGAACAAAAGGUUUCAUUUUUCAAGAAGGGGACUGUAAAAUUCUACAUAAAUUAGAUAAACUGUUUUAGAUAAAUUAAACAAAACUGUACCAAAUUAUUCAUUUGUGUACAAAAUCCUUUUUCAAAAUAAUUUUGUUUACAUUUAUAAGAAGUUCACAACAUUCCUGUCUUACUGCCUUUUUAUACAUUGAAUUAUAUUUUAUACAUGUACAUAAAAAGUGGAGUUUGAAGUCCUAGUUAAAGCUAGCUGUGAUGAAAUUUUAAUUAUUUUCAAAAGUCUUUUUCUCCUAUUAUUGGCCAUAAAUGUAUACUGCCUUUAUUGAUGUCUCGAGUAUUUUUCAAUUUUCACUUUUGCAAAUAUCAUUGAUUUUGAUGAAAAUAUGUUAUUUUAAAUUAUUCUAUAACAUUAUCUGGAUCUAGUACCGGAAUGCAUGUAUUGGUCCGGGAACAUUUCUAACUAUUUUGCUGUGAUCAGAAUUCCAUUACAUUGACCAAUCAAAGUUCAUAGAUUUUCUUUGACUUUUGUAUUAAUAAAUUGUGGUUGUAUACAGCUUUGCUAUUUAACAAAUUGGCUGUUAAAGUUUUUUAUAUUGUGUAUCAAUGUUCUCAUAAAACAUUCCAUUUGAAAUUUUAAUCAUGGUAAUUUAAUGAAAUUGUCGUACAUGGAUUCAAUUUUAUCAUCACUGCUCUCUAAGUUUCUAUAAUAUUACUUGCUUUUGAUUAAUAUGAGACAGGUGUUUGAUUGUCUUGCAAAUAAAUGCAGCUUAUUUUUUUUGGAGUACUAUAUUUUUCAUUUCACAAAUAAAAAUAUAUAAAAUGGUGUGAGAAUCACUUGUUAGACAAGUUAGCAUACCCAUAUAUUUCUGAUAUGACAUGAAAUAAAAUGAUAAAAAAAAACUCAAUGUUAGAUUUUGCAAAACAUAUUUCAAAAUCACAAAUAAAAUCUAUUUAAAACUUG